AUGGCACCAGGUCUCGAAGACAUCGCCAUCCAGGCCGCCGAAACGUUCCAGACAGCACACAUCAACAGAGCUCCCUCACGCGCCGACCUAGCACCAUCGACCUCGGCAGACACGAAAGAGCGCGUAACAUGGGAUCGAUCAGCAGAUGUGGAAGACUACGAGGACGUCGCGGAAGAUGAAGUCCCGCUUUCAGUCCUUAGACCGCUACCGCAAGAUCAGAGGAGAAAGCCAGCACACAUGCAGCUGCCAGACCUGCGCUUCGAGCAGAGUUACUUGAAGAGUAUCGAAAAGGUCCAGGGUUGGAAAAUGGUCACGUUCAUCACAAUCAAGGAUCAAGUCCUGAUGCCUCUAGUUCAAGGUCUCGCGUGGACACUUAUCGUUGCAGGGUGGAGACACUGGAAUGCUGCGACCAAGUUCUCCGGACAAACUGUUGGCGCUCGCAUCCGACGAUGGUGGUGGGAGACCAACAACUGGGUCAUUCCCGAUCAGAGCAAGAGAACGAAGACUGCGUGA